CUUCAGCAUACAAAUCGUGUCUCAUCAUCAGCCAUCUACUAUACAAUUCACUGCGACAUAUAAACAAGAUGAAGGUCUCCAUCCAGAUUGUCACCGUUGCCCUUGCGGCUUCUGCUGCCGCUCAUCCCCAGAAUGGCAGAAAGCCCGCACCCAGCAGCACCACAUCUGGCAGCGCUACUUCAAGCACUGCUGCUCCCUCCAAGGGUUCCAUGUAUAAUCUGCCCUUCAUGCCUACAUGGUUCUUCCGAGACUCUUCCCAGAACAAGUGCAUCAGCGCCUACAACGCCUGCUUGAUCUCCAAAUCGAGCGACCAGUCGCCAUGCGCCUCCGACUACGCAACAUGUAUCAAAUCCGCUGCCUCUGCUUCCCCCUCUGGCGGCUCUGCAACCUCCUCCAAGCCACCCCCACCCCCAUCUGCAACUGGAAGCAAGACUGCCUCGGGCACCAUGAGUCGACCCCCACGACCUACAAGCCUCAAACAAUGGUGGGGACAAGAGCAGGGUCGUCGAAAGUGCCGAUACGACCACUGGGUUUGCAUUAGCAACAAGUCCAAUGACAAGGCAGACUGUGACGACAAGAGGGCCUCUUGCUUUGCAUCGGCCAAGACUGCCACCGCGACUACAGGUCCCACUAGUAUCCCAACCGGAUCAGCUACUACCACCGCCACAGACUCAACCUCUACUACUUCUUCAACCACCGUUGCUGACGCUGUCGCUGCCACUGCUAACGCUGAUGGUUCUCUCUCUCCCGAUGACCCUUCUUUUGACGACGACAGCGACGACUCAACAUAAGAGUGAGCUGUGCAACAUUGAGCUGCAACACCUGCAAGAUUUCCUUAUCCUUUUAAUUACCUCUGCCUGGGCCUUUAUUAGACCCUCGACAUUCUCUUCAAUACCACUAUUAGUUUGUCUACAGUCAUUCUUUUGGAAAACAUAGAUCUCAUUGUCCUGUAUAGUAAAGAACAAGAGUACGUCUUAGAUUA